UUUACUCUACUACCGCAUUUUGGUAAACAACUUUGAAAAUAAACAUUGUUUAUUGAAUAUGAAUUUGUGUCGAUAAAAUGAAUAAAUUUAGUUACCAGCUUUGUAAAUCUCUGCAUUCUUUAACAAGAUCACCUGUACAUUUGUCAUUUCGUUAUAAUUGGGGACUAAGUGAGGUUAACCGUUUCACUUUGCGGCAACACAAUUGUGGUGACUUGAAGGAAUCAGAUAUUGGUAAAAAAGUUACUCUUCAUGGUUGGAUCAAACAUAUUAGAACUCAUGGUUCAGCUGUUUUCCUUGUUGUCAAUGAUGCCUAUGGUGAUACACAGCUAAUUUUCAAGCAAAGUCAUGCUCCUAUCUCAAAGUUACCAAUUGGAUCAGUCAUUAAAGCUGAAGGAACAGUUACAAAGCGUCCCAAAGGACAAGAAAAUAACAAAAUGAAAACAGGAGCCAUUGAGGUUUUGGUUGACCAAUUUGAAGUAAUCAACAAAAGAACCUUUCCAGCUUUGAUAACCAAAGAAUCAGAUAGAUUGAAGUAUCGUUAUAUUGACCUAAGAAACAAAGCAAUCAGUUCAAAUCUUCGUUUGAAAAGUCAAAUAAUGAACAACGUUAGAAAUUUUUUCCAUCAAGAAGGAUUUAUUGAAGUUGAAACACCAUUGCUUCAAAAACAUACACCUGGAGGUGCUCAUGAGUUUAUUGUGCCAACACAUGAUCAUAACAAAUUUUAUUGCUUAGCCCAAAGUCCCCAAAUUUUUAAACAACUUUUGAUGAUUGGCGGUUUAGAUAGGUAUUUUCAAAUUGCUAAGUGCAUGAGAGAUGAAGUUUCAAGACCAGAUCGUCAACCAGAAUUUUCACAGAUAGAUCUUGAAAUGUCUUUUACAAAUACUGAUGGAAUCAUAGAUCUUAUUGAAGCAUUACUUGUUGCCAUUUGGCCUUCUUUUGCAGGCUCAAUAACAAUACCAUUUCCAAGAAUAUCGUACGAUCAGGCCUUACAAAAAUAUGGAUCGGAUAAACCCGAUUUAAGAAGUGACAUUGAGUUACAUGAUCUCACAACUCCUUUGGAAGACAUUAUCAAAAGACCCGCGAUUGGACUUGCCAUUCCCAAUGGAGUUGAUGAAAACCUAGAGUCAAAGCUUUAUCAGCUAAGUUUGAGCGUGGCUGAAGAUUUAUCAUUCGAAGGUAAAGUGAUCGGACUUAAAAUAAAUGACCCUGAUUGCUGGACGUUGGACAGAGAAGACAAUGUCAAAAUUGAUGAGCCAAUAAAAUUCUGUAUCACGCAAAAAAUGAAAUUAUAUAAAGGAGAUUACCUUUUCGUAGCUUAUGGGGAUAGCGCUGAAAUUAGACGGUUCAUGGGUAAAUUCAGAAAUCUUAGUAUUAAGUGCAUUGCAGAAAAUAACAUCUCCAAUUGUCUUGAUAACUCUUUUGUUUGGAUCGUUGAUUUCCCACUUUUCACCAAAAACGAGCUCGAUGGCACCAUUGAAAGUUCACAUCACCCUUUUUCCGCGCCCAAAGCUAAUCAACUUGAAAAGCUCUAUUCAAACCCAUUACAAGUGGUUGGUGACCAAUUUGACCUCGUGCUUAACGGAGAAGAGGUUGGCGGUGGAUCCAUGCGAAUUCAUGAUGCCAAUGUUCAAGAGUAUAUUUUAAAAGACAUUUUAAAAGUGGAUUACUCUUCGCUACAAUUCUUCCUCGAUGCUCUACGAUCAGGAGCUCCUCCUCAUGGUGGCAUCGCAUUAGGCCUGGAUCGUUUGAUACGUAUAAUGUGCAAUGCUUCGUCAAUUCGGGAAGUUAUCGCUUUUCCAAAAUCAUUUACUGGUAAAGAUCCUUUAAGUGGUGGCCCAACAGAGUUAUCACCUUCGAUUCUCAAGUCAUAUAAUAUCAAGCCAACUUAGGAGCACAUAAUGUUGUCAUUAGUUAUUAACAACAGUUUUUUGAAACCGACUUGUGACUUUAGAUCUCUGCAAAAUAUUACCGAUUUUUCCAGUGAUGUAACCUGCCAUUUAUUCAUAAUCUAUCAUUGGUUGAUGGCUCUCUGUUGACUGUGGUAAUUACGGUCUUGCCAAAUCAAAGGAACUAAUUUAGAAAAGAUUAAACAAAACUAUGAUCCUAAAUCAAGUUAUUAGUAAUAACUUAUUACACAAUGAAUGAAUUUAUCGCGAUUCUAUUGUCACAAUGGUGAAAAAUGUACGCAUUUAAAAACAAAAAAUGAGUCAACGUAGUCAACAAUUAAUCUCUUUGGUGAAAGAUUUUUCAUGAGACAUAAUUCUAAGUUGAAAAAUGAUGACUAAAACUGCAAAUCUGAUCUACUCUGUCAUGAUUAAAUCAAUGUCGUUUCUAUUUCUA